UCCCCAUCGGGAACGAAAAUAUACAUCUCUUAGCAUUCCCAAUCUGGAACUGUAAACCCGCGCCAAAGGACACCAUUUCACUGGUAUAAACCGUAUUAGUUAUUUAUCGCGCCAAAUGCACGUCUUAAAUCGCGCAGGAGGUAUGGCGGCUAAUCAAAGGCUCUGUGAUUCCGUAUGCACGCGACUAAAGACAUACUGGGGAGGUUUUCAAUGCAUGCGUUUUAUGUUAUUGUAGUUAGACCCUAUCUAAAUAGUGUUGUUCUUUUAUAGUCAUCUGCAUUAGCCUGCAUGUGCUGCACAAAUUGCUUAAUCUAACAGCAGGUGUUGUCGCAAACAGGAAUAAGCGAUGAAAUUCAAUUUCAAAAUGCAUGACAGAAUAGACAGAUGCAACUGAUGUGAAAACGCUGAUCGCACUGAUUAGUGUUUGUCAUCAAAUACUCGACGCUGAAUUGUAUGGGAAUAAUUUGAGGUGACCCACACCCCGUCACUGUUGCAGCCAUGUCCCCUCCAGCAUCUGCUGCGACAGCCAGUGAGAGCAGCACCACCACUGUUUUUGAAAAUGACACGGACAGCCCAAGAGAGGAGCAGAGGCCUGUGAAGCAAUCCCUGAGCAAGUCCAUGUGCAGAGAGGUGUUCUGGAAAUGCCUGUUGUUGUCCAUGCUCAUGUAUGGAUGCAUGGGAGCCAUGGUGUGGUGCCACGUCACCAAGGUCACCCGGCUGACGUUUGACAGUGCCUACAAAGGAAAGUCCAUGAUGUACCAUGACAGUCCAUGCUCUGACGGCUACAUCUACAUUCCACUGGCCUUCCUCAUCAUGCUUUACUUUGUAUAUCUGGUGGAGUGCUGGCACUGCCAUGCCAGAAACGAGCUUCAGUACAAGGUGAAUGUGGAGGGAAUUUAUGAAAGAGUCCAGAGAAUGCAGCAAGCCAAGCCUUGUAUCUGGUGGAAAGCCAUUAGCUACCACUACGUGCGACGGACACGCCAAGUUACACGGAACCGCAAUGGAGACGCCUACACCACCACACAAGUGUAUCACGAGAGAGUGAACACGCAUGUGGCUGAGGCAGAAUACAAUUAUGGACACUGUGGUGUCAACGAUGUCUCCAAGCAGCCAGCUGGUCUGGAAAAGUCAGCCAUCACCAAACUGAGGUUCACCAAGUGCUUUAGCUUUGCCAACGUGGAGUCUGAAAAUUCCUACCUGACCCAACGAGCGAGGUUCUUCACUGAUAACGAAGGUCUGGAUGAUUACAUGGAGGCCCGGGAGGGGAUGCACCUGAAAAACGUAGACUUCAAAGAGUACAUGAUUGCCUUUUCCAACCUGGACCACCACCCCUGGUACAUCUCUAACUAUGUCUUCUGGAUGGCUGCCUUUCUCACGUUAUCCUGGCCCUUACGGGUGCUGACGGAGUACCGCACGGCUUAUGUCCACUACCGUGUGGAGAAGCUCUUUGGUGCAGACUACAUCCCCGUGACACCAUGUGACGAGAGACCCAACUGCAGACGCAUCCCGAGGGUCAACACCAUAGAUAGCACUGAACUGGAAUGGCACAUUCGCUCAAACCAGCAGCUGGUGCCCAGUUACUCCGAGGCAGGCUUGAUGGAUCUGGCACAGCGUUCAGGAGGUGUCAGGCAGAACUGUGAGCGCUGCCAUCAUGCAGUCAGCAGCUCGUCCGUAUUCUCCCGCAGUGCCCUCAGCAUCUGCAAUGGCAGUCCACGGAUCCCCUUCAGCGGAAGUCGCUUCUCCCUUGGCAGGUUGUACGGCUCCCGCCGCAGCUGUUUCUGGAGAAGUGGAAGCAGAAACUUGGAUGAACCCGAGAGCCCCAGCGAGAACACACGAUGCCUGUCGGGACGAAUCACCACUGACGAGGAAGACCCACCACCCUACCAGGAUGCGCUGUACUUCCCGGUGCUUAUUGUCCACUGUAGUGAAAGCUGCACCAACCACCGGUCCUUCCAUAGGAAUAGCUCAUGCGUAGAAACAUCUUUAUGAUCGAUCCUCAACUGGUCAUUCUCAUGGAACCUGUCAAGAAAACGUGCUGGUGCCAUUUAACUCCAAAAUCAAAAGAAACAAAUACAACAUUAUGUUUUGCAAAUAUAAAAUAAAGCCUGUUUUUAGGGGCUAUUAAGAUUUUAUACAUUGUGACAUUAUUUUCAUGACAGUUUCAGGCACUUUUUACCCACCAGUUCUCAUAUGCGACAAGUAACAACAUGUAAAAUAUUAUUUAAAUUGUAAACUGUUUAUACUUCAUAGUAGUACUCUGAAAAAAUAUAAAAAAUAUUUUGCAAAUCUUUUAUUAAUGUAAUGCAAAAAAAUAAAUAAAAUAAAAUAAAAAUACAAAAGUCUGUGUUCUGGUAACGAAAAUCAUUGAAAAAAAUGGUAAUAGUAAAAUUAAGUGUCUUGAAAAUAAUGUCACAAUGCAAAUAUCUUAAUGGUCUUAAAUGUAGGCUUCAUUUCCAUUAUGCAAAAUAUAAUAUUAAUUUUUUUUUAAAUUAUUGUUAUUUUUGAGAGGGGGUUAAAUAUGACGAGAACAUUUCCUUUACAUGUUUUGUUAACCAAAAAAAAAGUCUUCACAGAAGAACAAACAUAAUCAAACCGGAUUGAAUGAAGAUUAAUGCAGUUGCAUCUAGUCCUGUUACUCAGGAAUCAUUAUUGGAAUUAUUAUUGACUUCAAAACUGUAUAAUCACAACAACAAAUGGAACAUUUCAGAAAUAAGUCCAAUACAUAUUUAUAGCAAUAACGAAAACAAAGCAUUGGGAUUCUUGGUUUAAUCAUUUUCACUAACUGGCCACAUAGGAGAGCCAAGCGCUCACAUGCUGUUUUUGUUUGUAUAUUCUUGUUAGCUAUAAACAAAAGCUAUACAUCUGCAGAGCAAAAACAUGGGUCUUUUUUCUACAAGUGGGACCGACUUCUACUGUUACACAAUGUUUGUUUCCUUUUUACUGAUAAAUGUUGCACUUGAAGUUACAUCAUUUGUCAAAUAAUUUUUAUGUAAUGUAAAAAUCAUUAGUGAAAUGUAUGGUUUACAUUCAUGUAUGAACACUCAUUUGUAUAAAAAAAAUGUAUUGUGGGUUGUUUGUACUUUUAAUGUGAUAUAACUGGUAUCAGGCAAAACUAUAUACUGUUAUGAACUACAAUGGCGAUGUCCGCAACACUGAGUAUCUCAAACUAGGAAACCAUAUGACACAUUUCAGGCUAUGCAUCUAUUAACCACGGGUAUGUUAUGCCUUUAAAAUGUAUAUACAUUUAAAAUGGAAUGUAUGACUGUUGAAGCUUUUCUUCACAUUGCCUGUAUGUAGUCUACAAACUGUUAAGGACUUUUCUUAUGACUUACACAGAAACAUGAACCGGGCUGAGAAUCAGUGAAUGUUUUAAGGGUAAGUCAACUGCUAUAGCUAUUUAAAGGGAAUUUUCACCCAAAAAUGAAAAAUAACUAUCCCUUUAAAUAGUAAUGUUGUUGUUUUUUUGGUACGAAAUCGCUGCCCUAAAAAAAAUAAAAAAGAACUUUCACUAUCGUCCGUUUUACUUAAUCCUCCCAUGUCCAUGUUACUUAAAAAAUGCAUGUAACCAAUGAAACUUUAAUUUACAGAGUUGAUACAGCUAAAAGUAAUUGUAUUGUUUGGUUAGCUGAAACUGGGCAGAGGGUUUCUAGUUCAAAGCAUGCUUUGCGUGGGACUUGACAGGAAGAGUAAAUGUUAAAAUGAAGUCUUAUUUUUUAUGUCUUUGUUCAGCCAAAGAGUUAUUUUUUGGAGUGAAGUAAACCAGAGAUAACACAACAGAUCAGCUAAGCAUAGGAGAGGAAAUGCACAUUUCUUUAAUCAGCUAUAUAUAUAUAUAUCUUGAUUGGCUUUCAGCCAUCAUAACUAACCAAAGACAUUUUUGUUCAAACAGUUGAUUCAGUCAGUGUUUCUCUGGUCUG